AUGGAGGAUGAGCCUCCAACAAUUGGAUUUGAAGAUGGGUCUAUCGAUGUUGAGCGUCUACUUGUAGAAUCCCAAGACGGGCAUGUUUUAGUGGAUAAUGUCAUGUGUUUGAAUGAGAAGAUUCCAGAGAAAGCCACGGGCAUGGACGAUAUAUCUCGGAACUUUGGUGUGACAAAUACUGGUGUUGCUCGGGAAAGAGAAAAUAUUCUCAAUUGUGAUGUACUUGACUCAGUAAGCAGUGAAGCUGAUGUUGGAUACUUUCGACUGCAAAAUGAUUUCUGCAGCAUGGGGGAAGAUUAUCUUCUCGGUUAUACAGGUGUUGGAUUUUCUGAAUGUAUGACAAACCUGGAUUAUGGUCCAAGUGAAGGCUUGCUGACUUCAGUUUCAGACAGUUCAAUUCUAGCAUCAACUGCCAGUCCUUGGAAAGCCGAUCUAUUUAGAAUUAAUAUUGACACCACCGAUUUUGGUGACGUUCCUACUCUUUGCAACGAAUCCGAAACGCCGACUGAUGAAAAAUCUCCAAAGUCUCCCGAAUCAUCUACUUCACAAGAUACUGACAAGUUCCAAAAUGUUCCAACCAAUUCUCAAGAAAUGUUACCGAAUAAGAAAGAUGCUUGCUUUUCACCUUUAAUUGAGCCAUCUCUCAACCUGAAGAACAAAAAAGAUGAUGAAUUUGGGCCCAUGGGCCCAAAUGUCGAGCGAAACAGAUCAGAAAUAAUGUUAACUCAAGCAGACUGCACCGUUGGUCGAACUACGCAGAAGAGAAUGCGUAGGCCCACACAAAGGUACAUUGACGAACUCAUGGACCCAAUUCCGAGAGUUCCCAAGAGAAGGCGGGAAGUUUCAUAUUCAACCGGCAAAGAUAAUAAGUCUUUCGGGAUUAAGGACCAUAGAAAAUGCCGUGGGGGAUCUAAAGCAUUGGCAUUUGCUGCUGAAGAGGAGUCAUCUGUUGUAGCGAUUCAGGUGCCAUUUGGCUCUUUGGUGCAUAAAGAAUGUCCAAAGAGUCCUUCAUGUGAUAUGAAUAAGGAAAUUGGUACGUGGCAUAAACAAAUGCGUAGUGCGGACAGAGGACAUCCGAGCCUCAAAUCAAAAGAUAUUUGUGUUACGCCAGAAAAUAAAAAAAUAAGGGAUGAAUGUGUUGUUGCAGCGUAUCAUCCUGUGAAAAUUGAUCGGUGUUCUAUUACGCCAAUAACUCAAGUUAAGAGAAGCGAGGAAUGUAUGACUUCCCAAAAUCCGAAGAUAAAUGACUUUGUCCAAGCAAUGAGUCCCAAGAAGGAUAACUGUAUGAAAACAGCAAGUAAAGUUAGAAGAGAAGAUUAUCUGACUGAAGAAAGCUCUGAGGAAGUUAGCGGACGUCGAAAGCAUCACAGAUUAUGGACUAUUGCAGAAGUUAAAAAAUUAAUCGAUGGCGUGUCUGAAUAUGGAGUCGGGAGAUGGAGCCGGAUAAAGAAGCUUUCGUUUUCUGCAUCGGACCAUCGGACCUCUGUGGAUCUCAAGGACAAAUGGCGGAAUCUUUUGAAAGCAAGCCGUAUGCAGCUGGGCAAUCAAAAGGGAGAAACGAAACGAAACAUGCCCUGGCGGCCUUUGCCUAAAUCCAUACUGCGCCGUGUAUGUGAGCUGGCAAAUAUGUACCCUUAUCCCAAGGGCCAUACCAAACACAAGAUUCAAUGUCUAAGACGAAUUCGACUCGUAGUGAAAAGGUGA